GCCUGCCUUUCACUAACGAUUUUUAGUGCCUCCUGUUAGUCAACCCGGACAAUUUGUUCAGUUAUUGCAACGGUCAACAUAUUUAAUCUUGCCAAAAAGCAAAAAAAACCUCCCCACCAAUAGUUUAAAUUAAGGGAAAAAAUGAAAGCAAAGCCCAACUCAUCAACAGGCUGUGCAAGAGCAGGAGGGGUUUUGGAGUCAACUGCAUGCAGGAAAUCUCUCACAUCCUGAGUUUCAGCACUCUCUCUCGCGCGCUCUGUAACUGUACAUUAAUGGGGCUGUGCUGCAGCCCCAGCUGAUGAAAGUUUCUCUCGCAGUCUAGGCUAAGAUGUCAAAGCGUCUCCAUGAAGAACGGCUACGGUACCCUCCUUCUGUUCCCCCUAUCCAGCUCUUAUUCCUUCUGCUGUUCAGCGUGCCCUCUCUCUUAAUAGCACCGUCAUCUGGGGUUCAAGGAGAGGAUGGAGAGUGUAACUUGGAAUUCUCUAGGCCACAGAUUCCAAAGAACCAACCAGAGCACUAUGAAAUAAUAGUCCCUUAUCUCCUGAGUAGUGAACAGUGGAAACCAAUAAAGAGCUUUUAUUCCCAGACUCACCCAGCAAUGCUGAAACUUCUUAUACAAACUGAAAGUGAGCAACUUGUCAUCAGUCUGGAGAGAAAUGAUGGCCUUUUUGCUAGCAACUUCACAGAAACACACUAUUUGGAAGAUGGUACAAGUGCUGUUCUCAUGCGUAAUUACACGGCUCAUUGCUACUACCAUGGUCAUGUGCAAGAUUAUGCAGAGUCUGCAGUAAGUUUGAGUACAUGUUCUGGACUCAGGGGACUUAUUUUAUUUGAAGAUAAUGCCUAUAUUUUGGAGCCAUUGGAAGGUACUACAAAUGAACAUAUAAUCUACCAAGCAAAGAACCUGCAACUAGCCCUGGGCACUUGUGGCCAUCAUCCCAGCAUCUCAGGCAUUGCACUGGAGAAUGUCACACGGUCUGUCCAGACAUUUACUAGCAGGCACAAGAGGGAAGCCCUGAAAUCUACCAAGUAUGUGGAGCUCAUUAUUGUGGCUGACAAUCGAGAGUUUCAGAGGCAGGGCAAAGAUGUGGAGAAAGUGAAGCUGAGGCUAAUAGAAAUUGCAAACUACGUUGACAAGUUCUAUAGGCCACUAAAUAUUCGAAUAGCCUUGGUUGGAGUGGAAGUCUGGAAUGACAUGGAUAAGUGCACAAUAACACAGGACCCCUUCACCAGUCUCCAUGAGUUUCUGGACUGGCGAAAGUUGAAACUUCUACCUCGUAAACCCCAUGACAACGCACAGCUAUUGAGUGGAGUCUAUUUCCAAGGUACUACCAUUGGCAUGGCACCUAUAAUGAGCAUGUGUACUGCAGAGCAGUCUGGAGGUAUCGUUAUGGAUCAUUCUGACAGCCCUUUGGGAGCAGCAGUAACGCUGGCACAUGAGUUGGGCCAUAAUUUUGGGAUGAACCAUGAUACACUGGAAAGGGGUUGCAACUGCAAAGUAUCUGCUGACAAAGGAGGUUGCAUCAUGAACCCUUCAACGGGCUACCCAUUUCCUAUGAUGUUUAGCAGCUGCAGCAAGAAAGACUUAGAAAGCAGCUUGGAAAAAGGAGUGGGGAUGUGUCUAUUCAACCUGCCAGAAGUUAAGGAAUCUUUUGGUGGCCCAAAGUGUGGAAAUGGCUAUGUAGAAGAAGGAGAGGAGUGUGACUGUGGAGAACCCGAGGAAUGUACAAAUGAAUGCUGUAAUGCAACUACCUGCACUUUAAAACCAGGAGCAGUUUGUGCCCAUGGACUAUGCUGUGAAGACUGCAAGCUGAAGCCAGCAGGGGUCUUAUGCAGGCACUCCAGUAAUUCCUGUGACCUUCCUGAAUUCUGCACUGGAGGCAGCCCUCACUGCCCAGGCAAUGUGUACUUGCAUGAUGGGCAUCCCUGCCAGAGGGUGGAUGGGUACUGCUAUAAUGGCAUGUGCCAGACACAUGAACAGCAAUGCAUCACACUCUGGGGACCAGGUGCUAAGCCUGCCCCUGGGAUAUGCUUUGAGAGAGUCAACUCUGCAGGUGAUCCUUAUGGAAACUGUGGCAAGGAUUCAAAAAGUUAUUUUGCCAAGUGUGAACCCAGAGAUGCUAAAUGUGGAAAAAUUCAGUGUCAAGGGGGAGCAAAUCGACCUGUGAUAGGUACCAAUGCUGUCUCCAUAGAAACAAACAUCCCAUUACAAGAAGGAGGCAAAAUUCUAUGCCGAGGAACCCACGUUUACUUGGGGGAUGACAUGCCUGACCCUGGUCUUGUCCUGGCUGGAACAAAAUGUGAAGAUGGAAAAGUCUGCAACAAUAAGAAAAAUUGCCACUGUGAGGCCCACUGGGCUCCUCCCUUUUGCAACAAGGCCGGAUUUGGUGGCAGUGUAGACAGUGGGCCAGUUAGACAAUCUGAUAAGAGAAGUUUAAUAAUAGGGCUGCUCAUAACCACCCUAUGCCUUCUGGUUGCUGGUUUACUUAUGUACAUCAAAAGGAAGAUCUUUAUUAGAUUGUUCUUUAUUAAUAAGAAGACUACAAUAGAGAAACUAAGGUCUGUGAGUCCAGCAAGGCCUUCCAGUUCAUUUGAACCUAAUCAUGUUCCUGCCACAGCCCUCAGUAAAAAUCUGGUCAAGAAGUCACAAAAUGUGAACACGCAUAAGAUAAAUGAUCCACAAAGAUUGCUACGAUAUCACACAGGUGACAUUAGUAACCCUGUGAAGACACAGAAUAUACCACGAUCAAGCCCACCAGAGCGUAUUUUGCCACCCUUUUGUGAGCUACCCUGUCAGCAGUCCACACCCAGAAAGUUGCUGCCUGCCAAUCCUUCCCCCAGACAUGAUCAGGUAUCUUUCAAACCAAGUCCUCCUCAAAAGCCUUUGCCAGCUGACCCUCAGAAGACCAAAUCUGCUCAGUUUAAUAGUUCCUCCAGAGAAGUGUUUGGGCUUCCAAAGCCUGUCCCUCAAAUUGCUCCUCUCAGGCCUGCACCUAAACAACCUCUUCAUGUACCUAGAUCCUGUAAUACUGCCUAUAUGAAAUGACAAAACGGAACAUCAUUUGUAUCCUGAAAAGUGAAGACAGAAGUUUGCACUAUUUUCAACUCUAGUUGGAGAUCUAUAUUUUUAUAGCAAUAGGUAGAAUUUUUAAUGUUUAAAAACCCAUUAUUUUUUAAAACUCUGAGCUUCUGCCUUUGGUGCUAUGCUGUGUGAAGGUGGUCUACGCCCUUGCUCAGGUACUGGUAAAUUAUUAAUUUAUACUGAACAUUCAUUACAGUGCAGAGCACUGUAGUAGAUACUGUUUCACCAUAACCAAGUUUUCCUAGGAAGGAAGCCGUUUUUGUGAUGUUUAGGCAGUCUUGAACUGUCCAUUACAGAUUUCUCAAUAGUUGGUACACACUCCUCAAAGUUUGUUUAGUUUGGAUCUGUUCUAAUAAGUAUGCUGACUAAAGCUGAACUGAGACUUUGCUGAAAUCAAGAGACUGAUGAAAUUUCAAAUGCUUGUGGCUGAUAUUUUGUCGGUGGAAUCUGGAUGCAAAAUAUUAUAUUUAAGAUGUACUUUAAAGGAAGGUUAAAUAAAUAAGUGCCAAUUCUGUUACCCAUUGAUAUCAAGUUAGAAAAAAUUGAAUUAUUGUAUGAAAGUCAAAUAAAAGUGAUUGUCUAGAUAUCCAGGCUUACCAGGUUAGAGGUAUUGGGUCCAUCAUUUAAUAUAUGCAAAGUUUUCUGCAUAAAAAAUCAGAUAUUAAAUGUUACAAUAUAAAUGCUUUCUCUAUGCAACUAGUUUAAUCCCUGCAUGUUGUAAAUGAAAAUGCUAA